AUGCUAACGCAGGCUUUUAACCCAACAGCAACGGACUUCCCACAGCCAGCCUGCCAUCUACAGCCCAAACUACAGCUCAGGCGAGAGACACUGAGCGGCUACGAGAACGCCAGGAAUUUUUCGAACAGGCUAACAAGAUCGUAUUAUGGUCUCCCGUACUCUCGCUUGGUGCCGGAGAAGUGGGGAGGUGUUGACGAACAGGGACACAGGAACCCGAAACCAAGAACAGGGGAACACAACCCCGAAACCAAGAAACAGAACACAAAGGAAACCCCGAAAGCCAAGAACAGGGGAACCAGGAACCCCGAAGCCAAGAACAGGAACACAGGAACCCCACCCAGAGAACACAAGAACAGGGGAACACAGGAACCCCGAAACCAAGAACAGGGGAACACAGGAACCCCGAAGCCAAGAACAGGGGAACACAGGAACCGUCGAAGCCAAGAACAGGGGAACACAGGAACCCCGAAUCCAAGAACAGGGGAACACAGGGAACCCGCCAAGAACAGGGAACACAGGAACCGCGAAAAGAACAGGGAACACAGGAACCCCGAAGCAGAAACAGGGGAGGAACCCCGAAGCCAAGAACAGGGGAACACGAAACCCCGAAGCCAAGAACAGGGGAACACACGGGAACCGAAGCCAAGAACAGGGAACACAGAACCCCGAAGCCAAGAACAGGGGAACCACAGGGAAGCCAAAGAACAGGGGAACACACGAACCCCGAAGCCAAGAACAGGGGAACACAGGAAACCCAAGCCAAGAACAGGGAACACAGGAACCCGAAAGCCAAGAAACAUGGGAAACACAGGAACCGUCGAAGCCAAGAACAAGGGAACACAGGAACCCCGAAGCCAAGAACAGGGGAACACAGGAACCCCGAAAACAGGGAACACAGGAACCCGAAGCCAAGAACAGGGGAACACAGGAACCCCGAACAAGAACAGGGGAACACAGGAACCCAGGGGAACACAGGAACCCCCAAGAACAGGGGAACACAGGAACCCCCGAAGCCAAGAACAGGGGAACAACACGAACCACGAAGCCAAGAACAGGGGAACACAGGAACCCCCGAAGCCAAGAACAGGGGAACACAGGAACCCCGAAGCCAAGAACAGGGGAACACAGGAACCCCCGAAGCCAAGAACAGGGAACACAGGAACCCCGAAGCCAAGAACAGGGAACCGUCGAACCACCCAGGAACCCCCGAAGCCAAGAACAGGGGAACACAGGAACCCCGAAGCCAAGAACAGGGGAACACAGGAACACCGAAGCCAAAAGAACAGGGGGAACACAGGAACCACCGAACCAAAGAACAAGAACGGGAACACAGGAACCCCGAAUCAAGAACAGGGAAACACAGGAACCCCGAAGCCAAGAACAGGGGAACACAGGAACCCCGAAGCCAAGAACAGGGAAACACAGGAACCCUCGAAGCCAAGAACAGGGGAACACAGGAACCCCGAAGCCAAGAAGAAAGAACCACAGGAACAAGAACAGGGGAACACAGGAAACCCCGAAUCCAAGAAACAGGGGAACACAGGAAACUCCGAAGCCCAAGAACAGGGGAACACCAGGAACCCCGAAGCCAAGAACAGGGAAACACAGGAACCCUCGAAGCCAAAGAACAGGGGAACACACAGGAACCCCGAAGCCAAGAACAGGGGAAAACACAGGAACCCCUCCAAGAACAGCAAGAACCAGAACGGGGAACACAGGAACACCGAAAGCAAGAAACAGGGGAACACAGGAACCCCGAAGCCAAGAAACAGGGAACACAGGAAAAAGAACAGGGGAACACAGGAAACGAACCAAGAACAGGGGAACACAGGAACCCCGAAUCCAAGAACAGGGGAACACAGGAACCCCGAAGCCAAGAACAGGGGAACACAGGAACUCCGAAUCCAAGAACAGGGGAACACAGAUACAGCCCCAACAUAA